AUGAAGUCCAAGGGAUCCUUCUUCUUCAUGAAUAUCAGCCUUGUGCUGCUUCUGCAGAAUCUCUCAGUUCUCUGUGUUUCACAGGACUUCGAUUUCUUCUACUUUGUCCAACAGUGGCCAGGAUCAUAUUGUGACACCCAGAAGAGUUGUUGCUACCCGACAACUGGAAAGCCUGAAGCAGAUUUUGGCAUCCAUGGACUGUGGCCUAAUUAUAAUGAUGGCUCCUAUCCAUCUAACUGUGAUUCUUCUAACUCCUUUAAGCAAUCUGAGAUAUCAGACUUGACAAACAGUUUGCAGAAGGACUGGCCAACACUGGCAUGCCCAAGUGGGAAUGGGAUACAAUUCUGGAGCCAUGAAUGGGAGAAACAUGGAACUUGCUCUGAGUCAGUUCUUCAGCAACAUGAUUACUUUGAAGCUGCUCUCACUCUCAAACAGAAAUCCAAUCUCCUUCAAGCUCUUAAUACUGCUGGAAUAGAAGCAAAUGGAGGAUCCUACAGCCUGAGCAGCAUAAAAGGGGUUAUAAAGGAAGCAACUGGCUAUACUCCAUUUAUAGAGUGUAAUGAUGAUUCUUCUGGCAACAGUCAACUCUACCAAGUAUAUUUGUGUGUUGAUACUUCUGGUUCCAACUUUAUUGAAUGUCCAGUGUUUCCUAAUGGCAAGUGUGGUUCACAGAUUCAAUUCCCAUCUUUCUGAUAUGAUAAUACAUAGACUUUAGAGUCUUGCUGUGAUGUUGAUUUUU